CUUCUAAACGAAAACCGUUCUUCAAGUCGAGAUAAGUUCAAAUAGCUCCACUUGAUUCAAGAAACAGUUUUCAGACAACACAGCAUCGCUCUUAUUCAGCAAAAAUGAAUUCCAUCUUUUUGCCUUCAGCUUCUCUUGCCUUGAUAUUCCUCUCUUGUUGUAUGCCCUUGUAUAAAUCCUCCUCCAUACCCACCAUCACUGGAAAUAUGACUGAUAGAAUGGCUUUGGUCACAUUCAAGGCUGGUCUAAUCACGGAUCCACUGCAUGUGACCGAAUCUUGGAACGACUCAACACAUUUUUGCAGUUGGAUUGGCAUAACUUGCAGCCUCAGGCACCAGAGAGUAGUCAAGCUCGACUUGCAUUCCAGCAUGCUGGUCGGCACAUUGGCACCCUCAAUAGGUAAUCUCAGUUUUCUUAGAGAGCUCCAACUCUAUAACAAUGGUUUAACAGGUGAAAUCCCCUCAGAGAUAGGCAAGUUAUCAAGGCUGACAAUAUUAAGCCUUGAAAACAACUCAUUUUCUGGUGAAAUUCCCAGAAACAUAUCAAGGUGCUCGAAACUGAUAAAGCUAGGAGUGGGGGGUAACCAUCUGGUGGGCUCAAUUCCAAUGGAAUUCCAGUCACUGUCUAAUCUUCAGCUUUUUUUCCUCUACCUGAACAACUUGACAGGAGAGUUACCACCUUACCUUGGAAAUAUUACAUCCCUUGUAUCAAUUUCUGUAGGAGGAAAUCAGUUUGUAGGGAAUAUCCCUGAUACUCUUGGUCAUCUCAAGAAUUUGGAGAAUAUUGAGCUUGGCCUGAAUAGGCUCUCUGGCACUUUUCCUCCAUCAUUUUUCAACUUAUCAUCAUUGAAAUAUAUUGAUAUACCAGAGAAUCAAAUUCAUGGGAGCCUUCCAUCUGACAUAUUCGUUGCUCUUCCAAGACUGCAAAAGCUAAACGUAGCGAGAAAUCAACUGACUGGAAACAUUCCUUCCUCAGUAUCAAAUGCAACGGAGCUUCUGUUGUUUGCUAUAAAUAUAAAUGGAUUCAGUGGAGAAGUUCCGUCUUUCAAAGGUUUGCAGAAACUUAAGUGGCUCGCACUCAACAGGAAUCAAAUUGGACGUGGUUUGAAUUUCAUGUCAUCCUUGCUUAACUGUACCCAGUUACGGCUACUGCAUCUGAGUGAAAAUAAUUUUGAAGGACUUUUACCCAAAUUUAUAGGCAAUUUUUCAAACCUAAGGCGGUUCACCGCUGGAAAGAAUCUGCUGCAUGGUAACAUUCCCUCUGAGAUUGGAGAUAUUACGAACUUGGAGACACUGUAUUUGUGGUCAAACCAACUAACAGGUAGUAUCCCUAAUUCUAUUGGAAAACUUCAAAAGCUGAAAAUAUUGUCCCUGCCGCAGAAUAUAUUAUCUGGGAAAAUUCCAUCUUCUUUUGGGAAUCUAACCAUGCUUACUGAAAUGUACCUGCAAGCAAACUACUUGCAGGGUACAAUCCCUUCUGCUCUUGGGAAAUGCCAGUCUUUGUUGGCAGUGGAUAUUUCACAUAAUAAACUUGGUGGUUCUUUACCCAUAGAAUUGUUUACCCUUUCUUCUCUAUCUGAAUUCCUUGACAUCUCAAGCAACUCUUUAGUGGGGUCACUUCCUUCAGAUGCGAGCAGUCUAGAACAUCUAGUUUUACUGAAUCUUUCAAACAACAAGUUGUCUGGUGCUAUUCCAGACAACUUUGGCAGUUUAAUAAGCUUAAGGGAGCUUUACUUGGCGAAUAACUCUUUUUAUGGAAAUAUUUCUCCUUCCUUAAGUUCCUUGAAAAGCCUAGAAGUUCUUAAUCUUUCACAUAAUGACUUCACUGGUGAGAUUCCUGAGUUCUUGGAAAAGUUGCCAUUCUUAAGGAACUUAAACUUGUCUUUCAAUGAUUUUGAGGGUGAAGUACCAACGGAAGGAGUUUUCCGAAAUAGGAGCCAAGUUUCAGUGAAUGGCAAUCCUAGGCUUUGUGGUGGUUUUCCAGAUUUGGAGCUCCCGGUUUGCCCCAAGAGAAAAAUAUCAAAGAAAUCAAGAACAUUUCACUCCCUAUAUCUAAUAAUUUCAAUAUGUAGUUUGACUUUGGUGAUCAUACUGGUUCUGCUGUUUGUGGUUGCUUGCUAUCAGAAGCACAAGAAAAACCUCAAACCUUCAGAAAGUUCAGGUAUAUUUUUCCUUCCAACAAUAUCUUUCCAGAGUCUGUACAAUGCAACUGAUGGCUUCUCCGAAGCAAACUUAAUUGGUUCCGGGAAGUUCAGCUCUGUGUACAGAGGAAUCCUCAAUCAAAAUGAAACUGUAGUUGCUGUGAAAGUACUCAAACUGCAGGUAGAAGGAUCUAGUAAGAGUUUUCUGGCUGAGUGUGAAGCGUUGAGAAAAAUUAGGCACCGCAAUCUGGUCAAAAUUCUAACUUCGUGUUCCAGUUUGGAUUUCCAGGGGAAUGAAUUUAAGGCUCUUGUCUAUGCACUUAUGGAAAAUGGAAGUUUAGAAGAUUGGUUGCAUCAGGACGAAAAAAUAGGUGGACUAGAACAGGGACAGAGGCAGCAUUUAACCCUGAUACAAAGAUUGAACAUUGCAAUUGAUGUGGCAAGUGCACUGGAUUAUCUUCAUCACAACUGUGGAACUCCAUUGGUGCACCGUGACAUCAAACCGAGCAACAUUCUUUUGGAUGGUGAAUUUGUAGCUCAUGUGAGUGACUUUGGCUUGGCCAAGUUUAUGCAAGAGGCUACUCAGUCAUUGUCUAGCAGCCAAUACAACAGUUCUGGGGGAAUUAAGGGUACUAUUGGAUAUGCUGCUCCAGAAUAUGGUAUGGGAAGAGAGUCAUCUACUUAUGGGGAUGUCUACAGCUACGGAAUCCUUUUGCUAGAGUUGUUUACAGGAAAAAGUCCCACAGAUGAUGCUUUCAUAAAUGGGCUGACUAUCCACAGUUUUGCUAAAAUGGCAAUACCAAAACGUGUUAUGGAGAUUGUUGAUCCGAAACUUGUUUAUGAUAAAACAACUGAUUUCUCUCUACACCAAAUUGAGGAGUGCCUUAUUUCAGUUUUGCAGAUUGGUAUUUCGUGUUCCACGGAAUUUCCAGGAGAAAGAAUGGACAUCAGCAGGAUCAUCAGUCAACUCUACUCAACUAGAAAUGCCCUUUUGAGAACUCGACUAGUGUCUCAAAGAGUUGGCUCACUGGAUUUCAGAUCAGAGUUUUAAAUUCUGAAGUUAUCCACACCAGGAUCACGUAUUGUCGUUGCAACUGUCCCAUUCCUGUGUUGAUCAAAGAAUGAUUUUCCUCUUCUUGUCAGAAAGAAAAACAUUUAGAAGCCAAGAUUUUAGUGUUGGAAUGAAUAUUAUACAGAAGAUGGCCUUUGUUCAGAUCGACAUGGAGAGUUCACUCGUAAAUAUUAGGUUAAAAGCUUCGGAAUGUGCUCAAACUUGACCUAUUUUUAUUAGGUUAGUUCAAUAUUAU